AUGGCCCGGCGGGCACCUGGGUGGAGCCGCGCGUCUCACUGCCCCCUCCCGGUGUUUUUGUGGUUGGCAGGUAUAAAGAGAAGAGUCCCAGUACACAACCUGAGAUGAUUUCUCUCCAGAGUGGGUUUCUUCUCCAAACUACUGCUCUCCUGGUGUUCCAAAAAACCUCCAAGUUGGUCAUAGCUCUUCUUGGGCUCAUAUGAGGGAAACUUCACUCAUGUGAUCACCUAAAAGUGUCAAAGAGGACAGAAAAGUCAGAAGAAACCAAGCCAUCUUGGACCACUAGAUAGUUCCUGGCAGGAAAGGCUGGCCGAUGUUGUGACAUCACUCUAGAGGCUGAGCUAUGAAGAACAGCUCAAGCCUGUCAUCAAUGGGUACUGAAAUAAGCCAUCCACCUUUUCUGUGAACCAAGUUCCAGAUGGCAAUCCAAAGAUGGUGGGUUACUACCUGGGAACUUAGAGAGAUGGAAACAUCACCUGUGUACGGUCUAACCAUCUGAAAAACAUCCCCAAGAAACACAGUGAAGUGGCACAGUACUAUGAAUUAUUCCUUUGACAGUCUGCAAUGGAGCCCUGCCUCCUGUUUCACGAAGGUGGACACUGGCGUGAGCUCACUGUCCACACUAAUAGCCAAGGGUACACAAUGACCAUCAUUAUUUUCCAUCCCCUGGAAUUAAAGCAAGAGGAGCUCUGUGUUCAGAAGGAGGCUGUAAAGGAGUUUUUAAUCAAAGGGCCAGAAGUAGUUUGUGACUUGACAUCACUUUACUUUCAGAAAAGCACCAUGACUCAUUGUAUCCAUCACCAGCCCACCUUCCAGCUCCUGUGUGGGGAACCUCAUAUCUUCUAAGAAUUCUUGGGCUUGAAGAUCGGCAUCUCUUCAGAUGCCUUUUUCCAGAUUAACACUGCUGGUGCAGAGAUGCUGUGUUGGACUGUGGAGAAGCUGAGUGGAGUGAACUCUAACAUCAUCCUCCUUGACAUCUGCUGUAGAACUGGGAAUGUUGUUGGUCUUCCUCUGGCUCAGUAUACCUCCAAGGUCCUUGGACUUGAGUUGGUAGAGCCGGUGGUAGAGGAUGCCAGGUGGACUGUAGCCUUCAAUGGCAUCACCAACUGUGAAUUCUGUGCUGUUCAAGCAGAGAAGAUUAUGCCAUUGCUCAAGUCAAAGGCAGAUGAGCAGCUAAUUGUUGCUGUGGUGAACCCAGCCCAGGUGGGACUGUAUUACAAGGUGGAUCAAGCCAUUUGAAACUCCAGGGCCUUCUGCACAUUAAUUUUUACUUCCUGUAAGCCUCAUAGUGAAACAACAAAGAACAACUUUGAUCAAUUCCCACUCUGUUGUCCAUGAAAUUCAGCUAAGAAGCUUCUUGGUGAGCCUUUUGUGCUGAGACAAGCUGUGCCUGUGGAUCUGUUCCCCCAUACCCCACACAGCGAGCUGGUGUUCUUUCCUCAAUAAUCAGCCUGCUACAAGACAGUAGGCUCUUUUUUAAGGCUGAAAUUUCAUUAAUUUCCAGGUUGGGCACAUUGUUACAUUCCAGAUCCUGAGAGCAUUGCUGGGGAAACCGAUCUUUGGAUCAUGAGCAGGAAGAAUAUAGUAGGCCUUCCUACA